GCUCGAGGCAUCAGCCAGUGUCGAGACGUCGGCCAGGAUCAGGAAGAGGAUCGGCGAGUUUGUCGCCAGGCACUUUUACUUCGGGACUACCAGGAGCUUUUUGGUCAAGACUUCGCUGAGUUUUUGAGAUUUCCGACGAAGGGUUUCGUUCAUUUUUGAAACUACGAUGCGACGCACAAGGCACGUAGUGCUGCCCGUCAGAUCCUGGCAGUACAUGGGUCUUCUCAUCGUAUCCUUGGCCUGUCUCACUCUAGGUCAUGUGUCUCGCGACCGAGAGGGUAGACAUGGAAGUCUGGCUGGGCCUGAAUUAAUGCACACUGCGCCACACGAAGUCGACGCUUGCCCAAACGAUAUCUGCGCGUCCGGCCUCCAGAGCACGGAUAGUUCCUCGAUCUUCUCUCAAGCUCCACGGACUACCUCGGAACUUCGCGAGUCUCGCGUCAGAUCAAUUCGACCCACUCGCGAAUCACGUGUUAGUCGAGGUCAAGAGGACGCGACGCGUAACAUCCGCGCCCGAGUCCUCGAGGAGCGACGAGUCAGGUCGACGGAACGUCUCGAUGCUCGACUUCGCUCGCGGUCCUCUGACGGGGCCGCGAUGCGGAGGGUCAGGGCGCGCUCCUCCGAGGAGGCGGCGGCCCGUCGCGUUCGCGCUUUGUCGGCCGAACGCAGACUCGUCGACGAGCGACGAGUUAGGACCCUGAACCGGGAUUCUCGAGUUAGAGAUCGGACUACCGAUCUAAGGGAAAAUCGGCAAAGAAUCGCUGAUGGUAACAACGAGCGACGAGUUCGCGAAGUAGAGAAUCGGUUGGCUAGGGAUGACCGGCGAUCGGUUCGGGCUACGGAAGUCAGGGAGAAACGCGAGAUUCGAAGCAGCCAAGAGCGGGAUAACCGAGUCGAGUCGCAAGCCGAUCGUAGAUCGAUGAAUAUGGAGCGUCGUGUACGCGCUGCUGAAAAUCGGCGGGAUGCUCGAGCUGAACGGAGAUCGGUAAACUUGGAACGUCGUGUUCGAGCAGCUGAAAGUCGACUUGAUAGUCGGGCCGAACGAAGACUUUCAAACGAGGAGAGACGUGUUCGUUCUGCGGAAAAUCGGCUUGAUUCCCGUGACGAGCAAAGAUCGGUAAGCUCAGAACGCCGAGUUCGUGCUGCUGAAAAUCGACUCGAUGCUCGAUCUGAGCGUAGAUCGGUAAACUCUGAACGCCGAGUUCGUGCUGCUGAAAAUAGGCUGGAUGCCCGAGCCGCGCGCCGAUCAGUAAGUUCUGAACGCAGAGUUCGCGAUUCUGAAAAUCGACUCGACACCCGAGCAGAGCGUCGAUUGGCGAGCUCUGAACGCCGAGUUCGUGCCGCUGAAAAUAGGUUGGAUGCCCGAGCUGAGCGACGAUCAGUAAGCUCCGAGCGUCGAGUUCGCGCUGCAGAAAAUCGGCUUGAUUCCCGGGCUGAACGACGAUCAUCCAGCCUAGAACGCCGAGUACGUUCUGCAGAAAACCGUCUCGAUAUGCGAGCCGACCGAAGAUCGGCAAGCCUGGAGCGCAGAGUUCGCGCAACUGAAAAUCGACUCAACAACCGAUCUGAACGAAGAUCCUCGAUUGAAGAACGACGAGUUCGUGCAGCAGAAACCCGUCGUGUGCGGGACUCAGAAACCGAAAGUCGAGUCCGAGUCGAGCGACGACUGACUAGCGACGAAAGUCGACGAGUACGCGAUUCAGAAGCCGAUCGUCGAGUCCGAAGCGAACGCCGAUCUGCCUCUGAAGAACGCCGGGUUCGCGAUGCACAAAGCGAACGCAGGUCAGCGGAACGUCGAGUCCGCGCAAUGGAAUCUCGACGAGUCCGCGAUUCUCGUCUGGUCAAUACCGAGCGGCGAGUCCGCGAUACCGAUCGCCUGGAGAACCGGCGAGUUCGAUCGGUAGAAGAUGUUAGAUCUCGAGAUCAAAGGCGAGAAGCCUCUCGACGAUCUCGAUCCCUCGAAGACAGCAGGAGAGAGCGCAUCGACAGCAGGAGGCUGGAGAACCGAAGAGAAGCUUCCCGGCUUGAAAAUCGGCGCACACGAUCGGUUGAUGAGAUUCGAGCUCGAGAUAACCACGUGGCUCGCGAAGAAACUCGCGUGAACAGACUCGCUCGUAAUUCAAGGCUGAAUCGAGAAUCCGAGGAAACUCGAAGGAGCAGCAGAGUCGCCGAUGAUAUCCGAGCUGAAAAUCGGCUCGACAGUAGGAGAGAGAAACGACAGUCUUUAGCGCGCGAUGCUGAACAGCGUCGCGCCAGAUCCACCGAUCGUCGAAUUGUACUGGCUACUCGACGAGUCGCCGAUGUCAGGAAAGCCAGGGAUGCUUCUGCUGAACGAUUUGGGGACAACUUGAAUCGCAUGGAUCAACGUCGAGUCAGCGAGAGGAGAACCGCAGAAGCUCUGAUGGGAGAUGUAAGAAUGAAAUCGAUUUCUAUGGACCCACAGUACCUGAAAGCCACAGUUCCUACUAGUUAUCUGAGCUACGAGAUUCUGCGUCAGGGUAUGGUCAUUGCACUUUGUGCAGUUUACGGAGUAUCUAUUUUCAACGGCAAAACCGGACCUUUUGGAAACUUCGCACAAUGGACAAGUCGUGUAUCCGUUUGGUAAACUUUUGGAAUAAAUAUUAUAAAAAGAGAUUGUUAUAUUAUACACAUGUAGUUGGCUAAAAAAUUGUAUUCUAUAUAUCAAAAGCUUUAUCAAAGUGUAUUUAGAACAAAUAAUUAAUUGUCUCUCUUGCAACGUAGAUUAUAGAUUCAUGCGAAGCUUAGAAAAACGCGUUAUUUAAAUGUAAAAAGAGGUGUUAGGAUUGGAUGCGAUGAUGCACAUGGUUGCAGUCUUUGUGAUAUUGAAGCUCUUCAAAAUAUUGUCUUGAACUAAUAUUACAUGUAUAUUAUAAAAAUGUAUGUAAAUUAUAUUUUAUGUGAAUAAACAGCACAAAAACUCAUA